GCUACUGACGGGAAGUGGGCGGGGCUUCUGCAGAAUACUGACGGGACGGCUGUAAGCUAAUACUUGUUUAGCCUUUUUAAACUGUAAAUAACAUGUUGUUAAUGUAACAGACGAGGUGAACACAGACAGGUGAACACAGACAGGUGAACACAGGUUCUUCUUCAUGGAUUCUGUCAGGAAGUUGCUGUUAGUCGCUCUGAUGCUUGCUGCACAAGCCGACGGUCUGAACCACCUGGUGACCUUCCCUCAGCCCCCCGUGGUCGAGUUGGGAUCCAACUUCACAGCCACGUGUGUGGUCAUCAACACGACGGAGGUCACCGCGGACGACCUCUACUGGAACCUGUCAGGAACUACAUUACCCAGAGAGCUCUACUCCAAGAUCAACAGCACCGCCCUCAGCGUGACCUUCACCAUCACGUCAGAAAGACAAGAGUGGCUCCUCUGUCAGUGCGGGAAAACAUCGCCCUACGUCGUCCUCAACCAAGGUCGCUUCAUGCACGGCAUCAUGCUGGUCAAAGGAUACGCCGUGGAGAAGCCGGAGAACGUGACGUGCGUGGCUCUGCAGGAGGAAACGGUCAUCUCUGGAACGAUCAGCUGUGAGUGGAACGACUCAGGACGCCAGACGAAAGACAUUCCUACGACAUACACACUCUACGUUAAAGACUUGAUGGGUAAAACCAAUCACAACACCACACGGGAUAAGCGCGCCCAGGUGUUCUUGGGAACGUUCCCCGAUCACACCAACCUGGAGAUCUGGGUGGAGGCUCACAACAAGCUGGGGAGGGCGGAAUCAGAACACCUGUUUGAGAACACCGGCAAAUUUAUAAAGACGAACCCUCCGUAUGAUGUCACAAUGAUGUCAGAGACCACCUUUCCAACUUCUCUGCUCCUCACUUGGACUCCUCCCAUCAAUAAAAACUACGUCAGGUUAAGGUACAGGAUCCGAUUCUGUCCUGAGGGAGCCCACACCUGGAGCGACGUCCCUCAGGUGGACACGUCUCAUGAGAUCCAGUCCUUCAGACUUCAGAACCUGCAGCCCGAUACGGUUUACGUGUCUCAGGUGAGCUGUAAGAACUCUCAACAGGGACACGGAUACUGGAGCGAGUGGAGCAGCAACGCCACCAAGAGGACGCCAGAAGACGUGCCAAAAGGGAAACCUGGUUUAUGGAGAAUCAUCUCAGAGGGAGAAAAGACGGGAGAACGACGAGUUCAGUUCAUGUUUAAGGAGCCUGUGCUCUCUAACGGAAGGAUCCUCAUGUACGACAUGAAGAUCUAUCACAGAGUGAAUGGGAGCACACAGGUGGAGAGUUUUUCCUUUAAUACGUCAGAGACCGCCAGCAGGUCCUCACACCGAGAAAUCACAGUCCUCAAUGAGGUCCCCAUUCCCGAUACAGAGACCAUCAGAGUGUCUGUCUCUGCAGUGAACUCUGCUGGGAGGUCUGCUGAGGCGUCUUUAGGCGUCCCUGAAAGAGGAAGAGAGCGCCCCCUGGUGGAGGAGCUGAGGGUGUGGCCCCAUGAAGGCAAGCUGAUGGUGGAGUGGAGGCCCCCCAACAGCUCCCAGGUGUCGGAGUUUGUGGUGGAGUGGGUGAGGGGGGGUGAGACAGACUGGCAGAGAGAGAGCAAGAGCACCACACGCACACACAUCACAGGGAAGCUGCAGCGGCUCGUGUGUUACACGGUGUCGGUGUACAGCGUUUAUUCGGGGUGGAUUGGGAGAGCCGCCAGUGUGGAAGCAUUUCUGGAACAAGGAGCUCCCUCUGAGGCGCCCUCUGUCAGUCUUGUCGGGGUUCCUGGUCGUAACGAGGCACACCUGGUCUGGACUGAGGUUCCACCUGAGAGACGACAAGGAUUCAUUACCAACUACACCGUCUACUACCGAACGGGGACUGAAGUCAAAGCUGUAACAGUCCCAGGUAACUCCUCCUCCUGCACGCUGACCUCUCUGUUACCUGACUCCACCUACGACAUCUGGAUCAAAGCUUCCACCGUCGCAGGCUCCACCUCCGGGUUCAUCCAUUCCUUCACCACGCAGAAAUACGCUCCUGGAGAGAUAGAGGGCAUUGUUGUGGCAGUCAGUUUGGGCUUCCUGUUUGUCUUCCUGAUCACCGUCCUGCUCUGCUUCUACAAGAAAGAUGUGAUCAAGGAGAACUUCUGGCCUCAAAUCCCUGACCCGGGAGAGAGCACCAUUGGGACCUGGUCUCCAGAUUAUCCUCUGAAGGCGGAGCCUCCUAGAGAGAGCUGUUUGUCAGGGGUCAGCGUGCUGGACGUGGACAGGUGUGAGGGGCGGAGCCUGUUUGAAGAAGAGAAGGAGGGACUUCCUCUGAAGAAGGACAAGUUCCUGUCUGAGGAGCACAGCAGCGGCAUCGGAGGCUCUUCCUGCAUGUCGUCUCCUCGUCAGAGCGUCUCUGACAGCGACGAGGGCGGAGACAUGGCCGACACCACCGCCAGCACUGUGCAGUACUCCUCUGUAGUCGCCUCCAAUGGGUACAAAGGUCAGACCCCCACCCAGCCGCCACCCACCCUCUUCUCCCGCUCUGAGUCCACACAGCCCCUGCUAGACUCAGAAGAAAACCUGGACACCACGCUGCAGGAGGGCAGCAGACUGUCACAGCGCUGCAGUCAGUCUGCGGGGGGCGAUCAGGACCCCCGUCUGCAGGGGGUGAAGCAGGGGGAGGAGCUUCAGUCUCUGGACUUCUGCCCUCUGCAGGAGGACUCAGAGAACAACUCGCCUUGUGACCACCAAUCAGCUGCUCCCACCUCCAGCUACAUGCCUCAGCUGGUAGGAGAAUCAACAGUUUCAGAGUCACAGCUCAGAGUUUAAACAUGAUGAAGAUGAAGAGGAGCAGCUGUGGAGACCGUUUCUAAUGACAUCACACUCACCUGUCCAGGUGAAUAAUCAACAGUAUGUUACAUGAGUAAGCACUUCUGUGUCUAAACUGUAAAUAAAGUUUCAUUUAAACAUCAAAGUCAA